UGCAAGUAUAAAAAUAGGAAAAUUUCGCGAAUUCAGCGUAGUUAAUCUUAAACUGUACUUUAGAAUAUGUGCUAACUGUUCCACAAUUUAAUUUUCAAGAAGGUUUUAAUCAAAAAACAAGAAGCAGCAUGCGUCUUUUAGUGCUGUUGUCAUUUUUGUCCUUAGUAGCAGUGUCCUACCAACAGACGUCGACGUCUAAUAGCACAACAACCACUACUACAACUACUACUACUACUACAGCUGCAACGACUACAAAAUGUACCAUCAACUGUUCCAGCACCUAUAAUCCAGUUUGUGCAACGUACAAGGGAAGACGUAUUACCUUCCUAAAUCGUUGUACCUGGAGGGCGAAUAGGCGUUGUGCCCGCAAAAAGGGUACCCUAUCCAAAGUUGGCUUACGUUUUAUAAAAACUGGCGCAUGUAAUGUAAGAAGAAGAAUCAUUAGACGACGUGUCGUGCGCAGACGAAGCACAAGUGGAUAGUGCGCAUAUGGGCCAGUAAC